UAAACAUUGACUCUCCGCGGUUUGAGACGGCAGUAAGCCAUCUGGAUAUUUGGAUGGCUGUAUGGCCUUUAACAGCAAUUGAAAAACAAACUGUGCAUCAUUCCCCUGAACUGGAUUGUUAUGGAUUUUCCAAGCCUCCCCGUUCCAGCAUAAGACCGACCGGCUGGCGGAGUCUACAAGGGGUUGAACCUGGAGAUGAUCCCCCCGAAGAGCCAGUACUGUUGAAAUAUAAGUUAGGUAGAGGGAUGUAGGAACGUCUUCGAAGUCCUGCCCAGCUUCCUUCGGACGGUGUAAGUGAAUAGUGUGCCUCUUAAAACUAUCGGGACCUCUAUUUUGCAGGAGCUGAGUCGUUUCCUCGUCAGGCGGUACGUAUUCCCUUGCGCUCAAGGAGAAGAAUAUGCCGCACAUCGCGCUCUGAGCUGCUUCCUGCGCCGUUGAGAUAUGAUUUUUGCAACAGCAAUAUAUAUAUAUAUGGUUUCUGGAUGCCGAUUUUUGCGGACGCUUGAAUAUAAUCAUGUGACCACUUAGCUAAUAUAUUCUGGUCGGUGCAACAAUAUUCCGAAUUGAGGGACAAAUCCGCAUGACAGCAUCAGAACCUCCCCGAGUCGGACAAUAUUAUAUAUAUAUAUACCUUGACUAUCCGUAGACAUAGAGGCUGUUCCAGAAAUCCUGAGGCUAAUAGGAACCGUGUCGAAUAUUCUCAGUCGAGAAUACCUAUCUCUCUACGAGAGCCACCUCAGCAUGGGCGCUGCACCUUGAAUUCACCCCUACGACUUGACCCAGCCAGGCUCCAUGUGCAGCUUAUGUCCUCCCCCGAGCCCCGAGAGUGCCUACCAGGAGGUAACGCCCCACGACAGCCAGAGAGUCAGCAACCUGGCUCUGAUGUCGUAAGGGCGCAGACAGACCAUUCAAAGGCAGACGGCUCAGAACCUAAGACACGUCCGUUUUCCGGCAGCUAUGAACAUACUCCCCCUGGAUUCUCGGCCAGCACGAUGAAUGAAGCAGAACAGAAGGAAACUAAUGAUAACGACACUGAAAUUGUCGGAAUGGCACAGAGCUCAGCUACGCCUGACCCGCCUGGGGCUCAGGACGACCGUGUUGAUAUAAAUAUCCCCGUCCAAGAAAUAGAGAGGCUGGCGGUUUCUUCUCGAGAAGCUGAGCGCACACGGCCAUCGGCCCUAAAGACAGACAUCGAUUCGACUUCACCAUCGCCCACUCAAGAUGAAAAACCUUAUCUAGACCCUACCCCGAAGACGCCACAGGUGCCACAAUCACCUCUAGAAAUAUCAGCUGAUUAUACAGAAAAAGACCUGCCACAGGUGCCAGGAGGUGGUCCCUGCGACGAAGGCGUUGCCAAGCAGGCGCAAACCGAAGUACAGAAGGACGAAGAUUCACAGUCAGAAAUACAAAGUAUUAUGGACCAGUUUACAGAUGACACGAAACAUCUGGGACAAGGGGAACUUAUGUCGCCUCGACUUGAAUUGGCCGAACACUUCCUCCCUGGACAGGCACACUUCCCACCGCGCAAGUCAAGCUUGGAGCCCCUCGCUGCGCCAGGUGGUUCUGUUGAAACUUGUGUUUCCAAUUCAUGGAAAUCGCGCCCAGGGUCCAUCCAAAGCAUUGGCUCCCACAUAAUCUCCGCACCCGCUGUACCUCCGAAGUCCCCCACAACCAACUCCCAAAGUCCUGCUGGGGCGGAGUUGGCUCCCUCUUCAAAUUCCGCAUCGCGCCCGCCUCCUCUUGAGCCAGAACCGGACCAGCCCUUCGAUUUCCAUCGUUUCCUUGAGCAACUCCGCCAUCGGACUGCAGAUCCUGUAGCAAAGUUCCUUCGGUCUUUUCUAACUGAGUUUGGAAAAAAGCAAUGGAUGGUUCAUGAACAAGUGAAAAUAAUCAGCGAUUUUCUCGCGUUCAUUACAAACAAGAUGGCGCAGUGUGAAGUUUGGAGGGAGGUAUCUGACGUUGAAUUUGACAACGCCAAAGAAGGAAUGGAAAAGCUUGUUAUGAACAGGUUGUAUUCGCAAACGUUUUCGCCUGCCAUACCACCGCCCCCUACUUCUUCUCGAAGUAGAAGCAGAGGUAGGAAGAAGGAUUUGGAUAGAUACCUAGGGCCUGGGCGAAGGGGGCAACAUCAGGAGGAUGUUGAGCGCGAUGAGAUAUUAGCCCAGAAAGUCCGUAUUUAUAGUUGGAUACGAGAAGAGCACCUUGAUAUUCCUCCGGUUGGCCCUAACGGACGACGCUUCUUGGCUCUUGCGCAACAAGAGCUUUUGAAGAUCAAGGGUUAUCGUGCUCCCCGAGACAAGGUCAUAUGUGUUUUGAACUGCUGCAAAGUGAUAUUUGGCUUGCUCCGGAACGCGCAAAGUGGAGAUACAUCGGCGGACUCGUUUGUUCCUCUCUUAAUCUAUGUCGUCUUAAAGGCAAAUCCAGAACAUCUAGUUUCAAAUAUACAAUAUAUUCUUCGGUUCCGAAACCAAGAUAAACUGGCUGGCGAAGCAGGCUAUUACUUAUCUUCAUUGUCUGGUGCUAUCCAGUUCAUUGAAACACUUGAUCGAACUAGCCUUACGAUUAGCGACGAGGAAUUUGAACGAAAUGUUGAGGCUGCUGUAUCCGCAAUAGCAGAGCGGAAUGAGGAAGCUGCAGGCCCUCCCGUCAUGCAGCCAGAAAAAUCAACACUAAGUGAACCUGAAGUGACACCACGGAAUUCUACGGAAGGAGAGUCCUAUUCGAGACGGAAAGACACCCAUCAGUUUGGUAGCAGCGAAGAGAACGUAGCUGUAGCAGGGCUGUUACGCACAAUCCAGAAACCUCUUACCACUAUUGGGCGAAUAUUCUCUGAAGAAUCACCACAGCCAGUCGCUCAACAACCGGUCCCCCCACCGAAUCUUUUAAACACACAACGAACAAAUGAAGCGCGGCGUUCAACCGAGAGACAGCGUGGGAGAGAAGACAUCGCCCCACAGCAAAAUAGCAAGCUCGAUGCUCAAGAAGCCGCCGCUCGCCAGGCAAGCGCGGAGGCGGCUGAGGCGCGCCGGAUACAGCGAGCAGAACAUAACAAUGUAGUCGAAACUUUAUCGGGAAUGUUCCCAAAUCUGGACAAGGAUCUCAUCGACGAUGUCGUGAGGAUGAAAGAAGGCAGAGUUGGUCUUGCUGUAGACGCUUGUCUGGCCCUGAGUGCGGAAUAGAUACCCCGGACGUUAAAUAUAUUUAUUAUACAAACCCGACAUUCUAUUUGGUGUGUAUCAACUUCAAAGUACGAAAGCACUGCGUUUUGCUUCCUAUUUAGAGCAGCGGAGGCUGUUUAAUUGAGAAAUUAAAGAAGUUAUGAAUCAUGUGCUCGACACUGGUUUUGCGCAACAAAGGAACAUUCAGAAAGGGAACACCCCGAUGGAAUCAAUACAUAUAAAUUAUAGGCAAAACUUUGAAAGAUCCCGGGACAAGAAUUCGCGCAUUCCUUUUGUCCGCCACCACAUUCCUGAACUUCCAAGCCCUGCUGAGAUCUACACGCAUGUUAUGCCUUAUCUGUAAUAUUCCGUUUAUGGAUGUCUCCACCGUUAUUCGUAAGCAGUAAAAUAAUUUGUAGAAGUAACUUUUCCUACACCUGUUGUGGUAGCUACUUGGUAAAUAUCAGCGGUCGCCAACAUUUGAC